GUGCCGCAAUUGCAACUUCUGUGCUCUGCUCAGGAACUUUGUACUGAGAGGAGUUAACGAAAACUUGCUCGUGUCUCUCAGCCCCGGGCGGCCCCUCAGGGCGAUAAAACGUCCCCUGUCCUGGCACGCCCAGCCCGCGGUUGAGGCUGCAACCUUGAUUGACCGGCAGCUGCAUGACCCGCGGCGCUGGUUCCCCGCUGACCUAGCCCUCCCGCCGCACGUCCGGCGCCAGCAGCCAGACUCCGCAGCGGCGCCUAGGGACCUGAUCGCGCCAACCCGCCCGGGAGCCCCUCGGUCAUCCGCCCGCCCAUGUUCUUGGCCAUCAGGAGGGCCAACCAGCUCUUCCACAGUGUCUUUCCUAUCCGGAGAAUGGGUGACUCCGCUUCCCGGAUUGUCAGCCCCCAGGAGGCCUUGCCAGGCCGGAAGGAGCCGAUGGCCGUAGAGGCCAAGCAUCACGUCAAUGGCAACAGAACAGUUGAACCUUUCCCAGAGGGAACACAGAUGGCUCUAUUUGGCAUGGGCUGUUUCUGGGGAGCUGAAAGGAAAUUCUGGACCCUGAAAGGAGUAUAUUCAACUCAAGCUGGUUAUGCAGGGGGCCACACUCCCAAUCCUACCUAUAAAGAAGUCUGCUCAGGAAGAACUGGCCAUGCAGAAGUAGUCCGAGUGGUGUACCAGCCAGAACACAUCAGCUUUGAGGAACUGCUCAAGGUCUUCUGGGAGAAUCAUGACCCGACCCAAGGCUUGCGCCAAGGCCAGGACCACGGUUCCCAGUACCGCUCUGCCAUCUACCCAACCUCUGCGGAGCACAUGGAGGCAGCCCUGAGGUCCAAAGAGGACUACCAGAAGGUUCUGUCUGAGCACGGCUUCGGCCUCAUCACCACCGACAUCCGGGAGGGACAGCCUUUCUACUACGCGGAGGAUUACCACCAGCAGUACCUGAGCAAGAACCCAGAUGGGUACUGCGGCCUCGGGGGCACUGGCGUGGCCUGCCCACUGGGAAUUAGAAAGUAAUUUCUCCCCACAUCGUCAGCUCUUGAAGUCACGGCAAAAAAAAAAAAAAAAAAAAACCUGCUUCCAACAAAUUGGGCAGUUUUGUGCGGGGGCGGGGGGGGGGCUUUGUGAAGUACACAAAGGCAGCCAUAAAAAUCUGCUUUAUUGAGGUAUGAUUUCAUGAAGGGCGGUGGCAAAUUGAUAACCUAUCAUUUCUCUUCCAAUAACUUUUGGCGGGAGUGGAGCUGUGAAAUGUUUUGGAUCAUGUGAUGUCUGAAUGAGGAAAAUGAAUAGUCAGUCCACCCUUCUUUUGCCUGGGUGCCUGCCACAGAUGCUGUGGAACCAAGCCGGGAGGUCGCUGGCCGGAUGGGGCAUCCUUUAUCCGAGUUCUGCCUUCCUGCCCUCCAGUGCCUUAAAAUUUGCAAACAUUUAUCGCUGCAAUGGAUGAUUCCCUGAAAUACUUUGCUGUACUGAUCCUAUUCAUAUGUAAGGGGCUUUCUCCCUUUUUUCAUUUCUCCUCAUGGCAGAGAAAAGAUGUGUUAGCUUGACAAAUUUUAACACUUUGCUUACAGCUAUGAGAGAUGCUUGUUCUAAUAAAAGUCUACAGUCUAAUCAUACAAA